CGGCCGCCAUGGCAGUGCGAGAGAGAGAGAGAGAGAGAGAGAGAGAGAGAGAGAGAGAGAGAGAGAGAGAGAGAGAGAGAGAGAGAGAGAGAGAGAGAGAUAGAGAGAGAGAGAGAGAGAGAGAGAGAGAGAGAGAGAGAGAGAGAGAGAGAGAGAGAGAGAGAGAGAGAGAGAGAGAGAGAGGAGGAGUGCGCGGCGAAAGCGUAAUAAGCAGGCCCAGGAAGAGCAGCCUGCUCUGAAACCAUCACAGAGUAGAAAG